AAACCGGCUCCGAUCUGACUGCAAGGAUAGAGAAGAAACGGGUCAGCACAGACCGGACCUGCGUCUGAAUUUAGAAAUAAAAGUUCUCUGGAGAAAAAGUCAGGGUGUUCUCCACGAGUUUUACACUGGAUUUCCUCUGUAGGUAGUGUGCGUAAUUUGGAACAGUUCUUGGAACCCUAAAGACUCUGGUUCUGUAGAUCUUAGAGGAAAGUGGGUUUUCAGACUUCAUUAGAAAUUCUAUUCUGAUCCUUUUUCCUCAUUUGUUGGAUUUCACUGCUGCAUGAUGUGGUUUUCGCGCAUUUCCUUUGGUUUGAUCGCGGUUCUGUGCGUCGGAGUAGCUCAGAGCAGUGUGUGGGAGGAGAGCACAGUGGUGCCGGUCAGACUGGACCCCGCGUCCCGGGACAACGAGCCGUGGAGGAGCCUCACGGCCGAGGAGAGGGAGAAGGAGGCGGAGAUGCGGCUGUACCGGUUGGACGUGUUUGGAAAGCAGCUGGUUCUGCAGCUGGAACCGGAUCAGAACUUCCUAGCCCCGGGCUUCGUCUUCCACGUUGUGGCGAGCUCCGAGUCCAGACCUGCGCAAGAGCCCCAGCGGAGCGGCGCCGAACCGGGCUGCUUCUUCUCCGGCACAGUGAACGGAGAGGAGCACUCAGCCGCCGCGCUCAACCUGUGCCUCGGGCUGACGGGAGGGUUCUACUUCCAGGGGGAGGAGUACUUCAUCCAGCCGCGGAACACCAGCCGCCUCCCGGGAGGAGAGGAGGACGAGGAGGUCCACACGGUCCGCCGGAGGAGCCGCGCCUCUCUGGCCGAGGAGGGCAGCUCCAAAUGCGGGGUGAGCGAGGACGAGGAGAGGGUGCCAAGGAAUCUGGAGGAGGAGGAGGCCAGUCGCGGAGCUUUUAAGGCGCAUCAGACAGCCCACCACAGGACCAGGCGAUUUGUUUCCACUCCUCGCUACCUGGAGAUCAUGCUGGUGGCCGACCAGUCCAUGGCUGAGUUCCACGGCGCUGGGCUCAAACCGUACCUUCUCACCAUCAUGGCAGUGGCGUCUCGCCUCUACCGCCACCACAGCAUCCACAACUCCAUCAGCCUGGCUGUGGUGAAGCUGCUGGUCGUGUAUGAGGAGGAGCGAGGUCCUCAGGUGUCAUCCAACGCCGCCAUGACCCUCCGCAACUUCUGCCAGUGGCAGCGGCAGCACAACCCUUCGAGUGAUCGCCACCCGGAGCACUAUGACACGGCGGUGCUUUUCACCAGAACUGAUCUGUGUGGGGCCCACUCCUGUGACACUUUAGGCAUGGCGGAUGUCGGCACCGUGUGCGACCCUGAAAGAAGUUGCUCCAUUAUAGAGGACGAUGGACUGCAGGCAGCAUUCACAGUGGCCCAUGAGCUGGGUCAUGUCUUCAAUAUGCCUCAUGAUGAUGCCCAGCUAUGUUCUGUUGUGAAUGGUGUCCACUGGAGCUCUCACAUGAUGGCAUCCACCUUGUCCAACCUGGACCAGAAGGACCCAUGGUCUCCCUGCUCUGCCCUCAUGGUUACCACCUUCCUGGACAACGGCCAUGGUCAAUGUCUCCUAGACAAGCCAGUUAAGCCCCAACCACUACCACAACCUCUGCCGGGGACCGUCUACGAUGCCGACCAUCAGUGUCGCCUGACCUUUGGAGAAGAGUCCCAGCACUGCCGAGAUCUGAGCUCCACGUGUGCAGCUCUCUGGUGCACUGUAACCUCCUCCAAUGGUUUGCUGGUGUGCCAGACUAAGAACUUCCCCUGGGCUGAUGGGACACCAUGUGGAGAUGUUGGCUUCUGCUUGGCUGGACAGUGUCUCAGCAAGAGUGAAGCCAAUGACUAUCAGACUCCCGUUAAUGGUGGUUGGGGCAUCUGGGGUCCAUGGGGCGAUUGCUCCAGAACCUGCGGAGGAGGAGUGCAGUAUUCUUUCCGUGCUUGCGACAACCCGUUGCCGAAGAAUGGAGGCAAGUACUGUGAAGGCAAGAGGAUCCAGUACCGCUCCUGCAACACAGAAGCCUGCCCUGAAACCAACGGCCUGACAUUUCGUGAGGAACAGUGUCUGGCCCACAACGACAUGUCAGCCCAAGUGUCAUUGGGUUCAGGCGAAGGUGUUGAGUGGGUUCCCAAGUAUGCUGGAGUUUCUCCCAAAGACCGCUGCAAGCUGGUGUGCCGAGCCAAGGGGACUGGAUACUUCUUUGUCCUCAAAUCUAAAGUGGCCGACGGGACACCCUGCAGCCCAGAUUCCACCUCAGUUUGUGUGCAAGGCCAGUGUGUCAAGGCUGGAUGUGAUCGGGUCAUAGGGUCUAACCGGCGAUUCGAUAAGUGCGGUGUGUGCGGUGGAGACGGCUCUACCUGUAAAAAGGUGUCGGGCUCUCUGGAACAUGCCAGACCUGGUUACCAGAAUGUUGUAACUAUCCCUGCUGGUGCUACCCACGUGGACGUCAAACAGCGUGCUCCAGGCAAUAGUCGUCAUGACAACAGCUACCUGGCAGUGCGUCGCCAGGAUGGAACCUAUCUCUUGAAUGGCGAUUACAAACUGAUGACCAUGGAGACUGACAUCACCCUCCGAGGUGCACUGUUGCGAUACAGUGGCUCUUCUGCCACUCUGGAGCGCCUUCGAAGCUUCAGCCCGCUCCCAGAAGCCCUCACCAUCCAGGUUCUCUCUGUAGGUGAAGCCCCAAGGCCCCGAGUUAAAUAUAGCUACUUUUCCCCCAGGCCAAGCAACACUGCUUCAUCCUCCAGCAACAGCUCAGGUCGCCGUCCGUCAAUCAAUGCCAUUCGGGAGGUUGGUGGAGCCGAGUGGACUCUGAGGGAGUGGGGUCCAUGUUCCCAAACCUGUGGUGGAGGCAUGCAACAAAGAGAGGUUGUCUGUUUGGAUUACCAAGGGCGUGCAGCAAGGGACUGCCCAGAGGAGCUUCGACCUUUGGUUUCACGGUCAUGCUCCUCGCAGCCGUGCCCCACCUGGCUUCUGGGAGAAUGGUCUGAAUGCUCCAAGGCCUGCGGUCGAGGUUUCCGCAAGCGUCAGCUGCGCUGCAUUGGCCAAGAUGGACAAACAUUAACCCACGACAGCUGUGACCUGACAAACCGGCCACGACCCCUGCUGGAAAUGUGCUAUCGGAGCGCCUGCUAAGGACCUCUGGUCACUUCCGCUUUCUAACAAAAACCCAUACCUUCGCCGCCUUAAUUUUCCCUGCGGACAAUCUAAAGAGAUAAACAAAUGUUUACAUCUUGAGCUACACAUAAGUCCACAGUGAUUGUGAAUGUAACUAGAAAUAUUCCCUCUCUCCAUUGUGGGGCCAGAUGUGGGCAAAGUGGUACCGCCACCUGGUUGCAGCAAGAAAAACUUGCCACAGGUGUACGCUCAUCCGUCAGCAGUGGCUCAUCUCGUCAUCUGUUGAGGAGCUUUAUCAGAGCGUCUUAAUUUCCCACAGAAAGCACACUGCUUCAUUCUAAUGCCACGUUUGAUUGCGUGUCUGAGUGUCUUUAGAUGUGAUUCCUGUACAUAUUUGUCCAAGCUGGGCUGGACGUAUCGACCAGAUUUAGGACGUGGGCGAUAACUGCAGAGUAUAUAAAGAAACAAAUGUAAGAGAAUAGGUUCUCACCCCAUCAGGUAUGGAAGAUAAGAUAGCUCAUAUUGUUUAUGUUCAAACUUUGUGUUUAUUUAUCACGAAACUGAAGCACUUCACUUUUUUUUGUUUCUUUUGCCAGCGGCACAUCGUUUUCACCCGUUUCUCAAAAUGCCUCAGUACCUUUGUCUUUUAGCCAUAUCUUACCCUCAAUUACUCAGCCUUUGAUGAGGGAACUCAAAAGACCAAAGAGGAGUGUGUGUGUGUGUGUGUGGUGUGUGUGUGUGUGGUGUGUGUGUACUUAAAGAGGGACUUGUCUCCUGUUACUACUUCAUAAGUAAGUCUCUCCUGCCUUCUGCGAAGGCUCUGUUAUUCUUUGUUUUGUAUAAAAUAUGUAACUUUAUUUAUUUUUGUACAGCCUAUUAAAUGUAAUCGUGGCUUUUUAAAAAAAACAAGUACUAUUUUAUUUGUUAUUGAGUUUACAGAAGGAAGUAGGAUACUUAGAGUAUUUAUACAGUGUUUUUUAUAUGUAUAUAUAUAUAUAUGGUCCUAGAUUCAUGAUUAAAGCAUCACAUCGACUCGUUCA